CUAUGGGAUGCCGAUCCCGAGUGUGGCGGCUAAUCCGGGGCUGCCUUAGGCCUCGAGGCGGGCAGUACCCCGUGAGCCCUCCGCGCUAACCACCCCGAGCCUGAGGCCGGAGCCGCCGCCGCAGCAGCAGCCGCCAUGGCAGACUAUUGGAAAUCACAACCAAAGAAAUUCUGUGAUUAUUGCAAGUGCUGGAUAGCGGACAAUAGGCCUAGUGUUGAAUUUCAUGAACGAGGAAAGAACCACAAGGAAAAUGUGGCCAAAAGAAUCAGUGAGAUUAAACAGAAAAGUCUGGAAAAGGCAAAAGAAGAAGAAAAAGCAUCAAAGGAGUUUGCAGCAAUGGAGGCAGCUGCUCUUAAAGCAUACCAAGAGGAUUUGAAAAGGCUUGGAAUCAAUUCAGAUGUCACAGAGUCUAGCACACCGCAGGUAACCAGCACUGCCCCAUCUGUCUCACUGUCAGAUCAAAAGAAGGCAAAGAAAAAGAGGAAAAAAGAUAUUUCCAAUAUAGAUUCAGUAGGAGCUUCCAAAUGGGUAGAAGGCAUAUCAUCAGAAGGUUACCAGUAUUAUUAUAAUACCAUCACAGGAGAAUCUCAAUGGGAGAAACCUGAAGGAUUCCAAGGAAAGUUUAGUAAGAAAGCAGCAAUGCCUCUUUGGGUAGAAGGUUUAAGUGAAGAUGGUUAUACCUAUUAUUAUAAUACAGAAACAGGUGAAUCCAAAUGGGAGAAGCCUGAGGAUUGUGUUCCACAAGUUGGAGAUUCCCUUUCUAGUAAUAGUACUGAAGCACUUGAUGCCCCAGCCGAAUCAAAGCCAUCUGAUUCAGAUAGUGAUUCCAGUGAAAUACAAGAAGCAGAAGAGGAAGAGAAAGAAAAAUCAGAGAUCUCUACAGAAGUACAAAAGCCAAAAAUAAAGUUUAGGAAAAAAACUAAAAAUGAUCAUGUUGAAGAAACUGAAACUGAAUUAAAGAAGGAAAAAAGUGAUGGUGAUCAGAAACAAGACUCAUCACGUUCAUUAGAAAAAUCCAAAUCUCCUAAAAGGCCAAACCCUUAUGGGGAAUGGAAAGAAAUUAAACAAGAGGAAAAUCCCUAUGAGAAGAUAGAUUUAGAACUUCCAACUACAGAAGAUGAAUAUUUAGGACCUCCAGUUGCUAAUAUGAGUGGGGACCCAAAAGUAACAUUUAAAGAAAAAACAGUCACUUCUCUUGGAGAUGUGGCAGAAGGAGUAGCCCCAGUCUUCAAAAAGAGAAGAUUUGAUAAUGGAAAAUCUAGAAAUUUAAGGCAAAGAGGAGGUGAUCAGUAAUUUAAAUUUAAUAACAAAAAGUAGCCUCUGACCUCUUUUGGACCUAUUUGAACAAAAAAUGUCUCCAACUUUGUAAGCUAUUUUUUGUUUGUUUUUAAUGGUUAAGAUACUAAGAAUGUAGACUUAUUCCAAGUUGUACUAGAUGUGAAUUGUAAUAAAUCUAUUUUUAUUUUUAUGUGAAUAUUAUUUUUGUUCUUAAAAUGGGAGUCAUUUAUGUUGCAUUGUAUUCACUAUCUUACAUUUCUUAAUUAUGUCAUUAUAAUUCAAGAUGCUAUGUAUCUGCUAUUUAUAAUAUGUGAAAAGAAAAUUGGCUCUUCCAUUCUCAUACAUGAGUAUACUCUAUUAUUUUGUCUGAAAAUACUACUUUCUUGCACAAUGAUAACUGACUGCUUAAUAAGAAAUAGUAACAGUUCUAUAGUGUAAGAGCUUCAGGUCCCAGAGGAAAUUAUUCUGAAUAUGCUGUCAACAGGCUAAUAUAGAAUAAAUUAACAUUACUGGACAUAACUGAAUAUAAGGACCAAGAUCUAAAUUUAAUGUGACUCCCAGCUACAUCAGGAGUGUUAACUUAAUGUGAAUUAAAUGUCAAAAGAUGAAAUGCAAAAUCCUUCAUAUGGUUAUGUCUUUCAUAAUCAUUCCUUUCUUGGUGUCUAAUGAUGUUUUAAUGAAUAUUCUGGAUACCAAUCUUGUGUGAACCAGAAUAUGGUAAAAAUGGAAGACUCUAGAAAGGGUACUUCUUAUGGGUUUAAACCCUGUACAGGAUAUCCCAAAGAUCUUAUUGCAGUUUUAAGUUUGAGUGACUUGAUGUUAAUAGCUAUUGCUUAAAAGAUAUUAAAUAAAGCUGUAAACUACAUUAAGAUUUUGGGGACAAAUCUCUAUUUUUUCAUAUAGUGAUUUUAAAUAAGACACUUUUAGAAGGUAACUUUCAGGGAAAAAUAUUCAGUAUUGGCUUAGGCAAAUGGGAAACAUUUUAUUCUGGUUAAUUUUUGUAACUGGUGGAAUUUUCCCAUUUAAUGCUUUGUGGAGUAGGUUCUUUUCACUCCCUAAACCCUUUCCAAGAUACAUUUUCAAUGAAUUCUACAGUAUUUAAUUUCCUAAAAUGAAUUUUUUUCUUUCAGAUUGGCAGUAUAUUUGUGAAUUAAACACUAGCUUGUUUUUAAAACUUGUUAAAAGCACGAAUAAAGUACUGAUUUUGUCAUUUUAA